UCCAUUGUUUUCGUUAUUCCUAUCAUACAAAUGAUGAGAUAAACUCUCGUAUCGUGUGCGAAAAAAACUUCGUAUUUCGAAGAAACGUUCCACCUCUCGCUUUGCCAAUUAAAAAUCUGUCCAUUUUGUAAUAUCCGUUUUUUUUUUCAUUUUUCCUAAAUAAGGAAAAAGAUUCCGAGAAAAAAUUUCAAUGCUUGAGAUUCAGUGAGAGAAAUUGUAAAAAAAUUUCCAUUUCAGUCAUUGUCUACAGCACCUAGGGCCAUAUGCGGUUCACGUGUUAUUCAUGCAGCCAUACUUUCAAUUGUAAACGAGAUUUUCUAAAAGAUUUAUUACUCUAUUCAAAAUAAAAGGGUCGAGGGUCGUUUUCCUCAGCGGUCAUCUCUCACCUCCUCUAUGUGCACAAACGUAGUUGCCGUUCUGUAGCAGGUAUUGGCGUUUGCCGGGUUGGCAACACCGCUUAAGCGCAAUCAUCUUCCCGCGGUUUUGUGCUUUGUCCAGCCCGGCUAUCUGCUUUCCUGCGUGCUCUUGUUUCGCUCUCACGUUCUCGAAUUUAUUCGGCGUCAGCCAAUUGCCGGUGCCAGUCGGUCUCCGCAUUGGUAGUACGUUCCUGAGUUUGUACGGGAAAUAAUUGAAACGUGCAAGGCAAAGCAAAAAAAUGAGUGACGAGUACAGUCGUCAAGAUCAUCUAAAGGGUGAAGAUGAAGCUCCUCGACACUAUGGCCAGCAGCCUAGACCCCACGAACCAGAGGCUUGGACCCAGAGCUAUUCCGCCACAUCAAGGGAACAAUCUUCUAGUCAUCAGUCACAGAAUAUAGGUCACUCAAUGAGCAGGACUUCUGCUGGAUCAUCAUCAUCUGCCGGUGGACCAUCUACAUCGGGUCAAUCAACUAGAGGCUCCAGAGGAGGAGGAGGAGGAGAUUCCUCCAGAGGACGUGGAAUGUCACGGAGACAACAAAUGACAAGAGCGGAAGUCUUUCAAACUCGACCUAAGGAGUUGCUGACGAAACAAGCUCUAUGUACUCCCAAGGAUUGCGAGAGUGUUCAGCUGCAAGCUAACUACUUCAAAAUGCUCUCAUCAACGAAUUGGUGUUUGUACAAAUAUAGGGUCGAUUACGCUCCAGAGAUAGACUUAACUAGAAGACGAAAGGCGUUGCUUCGGGAACACAAGCCCACUCUAGGACCGUUUAUUUUUGAUGGUACCGUUUUGUACACGAGUCACCGAUUGCCAGAGCCGUUAGAACUCCAAAGCAAGAUGCAGCCAGAGGACACCGAUGUUCAAAUAUCCAUAAGAUUCGUUGGUGACAUGGGGAAGGGUGAUGAACACUAUAUUCAGUUCUUCAAUAUAAUAAUGCGCAAAUGCCUUGAAUAUUUGAAUCUGCAACUUGUCGGAAGAAAUUAUUUUGAUGCCCAAAACCAGGUUGAAGUACACCAAUACAAAUUGUCCUUGUGGCCCGGUUACGAGACUUCAAUACGUCAAAUGGAACGUGAUAUUCUGAUGUGUGCUGAGAUCACUCACAAAGUUAUGCGUCAGCAGACAUUGCUCGAUAUCCUCAAUGACUGCUACAGAGAACACGGCAACCAGUAUCAGGAGAGAUUUAAGGCUCAAGUGAUUGGACUCACAGUUCUCACCGAUUAUAAUAAUCACACCUACAGAGUCGAUGACGUUGAUUUUGACGUAUCCCCGAGAUCGACAUUUUCGCGCGCUGGCGUCGAAGUUUCUUACGUAGAAUAUUAUCUCAACAAAUAUCAGCUCCGCAUAAGACAAGAGUCACAGCCUAUGCUCCUGUCCAGAACGAAGGCGCGCGAUCGCCGAGCUGGCCUUUCUGAGCUUGUGUAUCUCGUACCGGAGCUCUGUCGAUCAACCGGUCUAACCGACGACAUGCGCCGGGAUUUUCGAAUGAUGCGAGAACUUGGGACCCACACGAGACUGAAUCCAAACGGUCGAAUACAAAGACUGCUCAGCUUCAACCGACGACUUCAAAAUGAACCAAAAGUCGUGCAGGAGCUGAGUGAGUGGAAUCUCAGGUUGGAUGACAAGCUCGUAACCCUGCCGGGUAAGAUAUUAAAACCCGAAACUAUUCAUUUCGGACAGCGACAGACGAAGACUACUGAUGCACAAGCCGACUGGACUCGUGACAUUUGCAGGAAUCAAAUGUACACGUCAAACAAGCUGCAGAACUGGUGUGUCAUCGUUCCCAAUCGUCAGGCACGUGACGCUGAAGCCUUUGUCCAAUCGAUUCGGAGCUGCGUGCGUCAAAUGAAUUUCCCAAUAUCCACACCGCAAGUCCACGUAAUUAAUGACGACCACGCAAGUACGUUCACGUCAACGAUCGAGAGAGUGCUGAGUCAGGCGAAUCCUCAGAUUGUUAUGUGCGUCCUACCGAACAAUCGUGCUGAUCGAUACUCCGCAAUUAAGAAAAAAUGUUGCGUCGAUCGUCCAGUUCCCAGUCAAUGUAUUCUAGCUAAGAACCUCCAGGGGAAAGGAGUUGCUUCAAUCGCCACAAAAGUCGCGGUUCAAAUGAACUGUAAGCUCGGUGGAUGUCCAUGGACGGUGGCUAUACCUCUGAAAGGUCUCAUGAUUAUUGGGUUCGAUAUUUGCCGUGACCCUCAUGUCAGAGGUCGAGAUUAUGGUGCGAUGGUAGCGUCCCUUGAUCAAAAUCAUACGAGAUACUUCUCCGCAAUUAGUGCUACCACCAGUGGCGAAGAAUUAACGAGCAGUUUGACGGCGAAUAUAAUCAAGGCACUUCACAAGUACCACGAAUUGAACAAAGCACUGCCGAGUCGAAUGGUUAUAUAUCGUGACGGAGUCAGCGAUGGACAGAUUCCUUUCGUGCACGAUCACGAGGUUCAAUAUAUCAGGCGAAAACUUGAGGAGCUGUACGGUGACCCGAGCUUAGUCAAAAUGGCGUUUAUAAUCGUGACCAAACGCUUGAACACGAGAUUGUUCUUGAGAGGGAAUAACCCGCCACCUGGCACAGUGGUCGACGAUGUUAUAACGAAUCCGAUUAAAUACGAUUUUUACAUAGUCUCUCAGUGCGUGAAGCAAGGCACAGUAUCGCCCACUGGUUACAGCGUUAUUUCGGACAACGUAAACCUCGAUGCUGGAAAGUUACAAAAAUUGACAUACAAGCUGACUCAUAUGUAUUUCAACUGGAGCGGCACUGUCAGAGUACCCGCACCCUGUCGAUUUGCUCAAAAGCUUGCUACCCUCGUUUCUCAGGCAUUGCACGCAAACCCGAGUCCUCAGCUCGAGACUGUUCUGUUUUUUUUGUAAAUUUUUUUUUACAAAGUCUGUGAGCGAUCUUACGUGUUCAUACAGGAAUAGUCAGUUUUAUUGAGUUUGUCAUCCAAAAGUUCAUUAUUUUAGAUUUUUCGAUUAAGAGCUCCGAAGUUCCAUACUAAUUAUGUGGGUACAUUUAUGUUAUGUACAAAUGUACGAUAAUUCGAUCCUUUUACCACGGGAAAAUACUCAAGAAAUACAAAAAACUUUGUUUUGUAAAGUUGAUGGCUGCUUUUCCAAAAUUUUUUUGUUUUAUAUUUUUAUGCUUCAAUGUCCAAGUUGCAGUACGAAAAAAUUCAUGCGAUGUGUAGAGCGAGGGAACAAGUUUUAUAAAAUACAAAAUUGUUUAAUUUCUUUUUACUUAACUUUUAGCCAUGAUUUCGUGGAUCAAAAAAAUUAAUAAAACGGUAACUCGACGGCUUUGUAAACUCUUGAUGGAAGAAACUUCUGAAAUAAAGGCCUACGUGCACUGGAUUGCAUAAAUGUACAUACACGGA